UGCUGCUGAAACAAGAUGGCUGUGCGCGCAGGAGGAGCAGCAGCAGCAGCAGCAGCAGCAGCGGAGGAGAGCUGAGGCAAUGCAGAGGAGGAAGAAGAGGGGGGCGAGGAAUUCACUCCUGUGUGUCUUGUCCUGCCAGAAGAGCAACAGCUCCGCGGAGAAAGAGACUUCCGACAUGAUGCUAAUUGGUUUCCGUUACCAUUUAGGGUGACGGUUAGAGUUUCCUUUUUUUCUAUCCUGUAACCAAGAGACAACCGGACUGACCAAACAAAUCACGGAGCACUCAGUAGAGGACAGCCGGGGACGCUUACGCCGCUUUCAGAGAUGUCCCUGCUCUGUGUGGGAGUGAAGAAAGCCAAGCUGGAUGGACCCCAAGAGAAGUUCAACACUUAUGUGACUCUGAAGGUACAAAAUGUGAAGAGCACAACCAUUGCUGUCAGGGGCAACUUGCCCAGCUGGGAGCAAGACUUUAUGUUUGAAAUUAAUCGCUUGGACCUGGGUCUGACAGUAGAGGUGUGGAACAAAGGGUUAAUCUGGGACACCAUGGUCGGCACUGUGUGGAUACCCCUCCGUAGCAUCCGACAGUCAAAUGAGGAAGGUCCGGGCGAGUGGCUCACACUGGACUCUCAGGUCAUCAUGACUGAUAAUGAGAUCUGUGGCACCAAAGAUCCCACCCUUCACCUGGUGCUGCUCGACACGCGCUUUGAACUGCCUCUCGAUAUCCCCGAGGAUGAGGCACGAUACUGGGCCAAAAAACUGGAGCAGCUCAAUGCCAUGAGGGACCAAGAUUAUUCUUACCAGGAAGAGCAGGAACGCCCUCUACGUGUACCAGGAACCCAGUGCUGUAACUGGAGUCUAUGGGGAGACCAACAAAAUGAAGACCCAGACAGUGCUGUGGAUGACAGGGACAGCGACUACCGCAGUGAGACCAGUAACAGCAUCCCCCCUCCUUACUACAGCACAUCCCAGCCCAAUGCCUCUGUCCACCAGUAUCCCAUCAGCCACCAGCACCGCAGCUCCAGAAGCUACUCUUACCCACGCUCCGGCAACAGCCACGACCUCGACUACCAACAUCAGAGGACUGUCAGUCCCUCGGGGAGUUACGCAUCUUCUGCAGAGCUGAGUCGGUGUAGCAGUCAGCUGAGCGAGGAGGACUAUGGCGGUGAGUAUGGAGAGAGGGAUCCUUACGACGAGAACGACUCUUACCACUCCUGCCACUCCUCGGUCAGCUACAGUAAAGGCUCUCCUGACUGGGACCCUGAUGAGACCCAGGGGGCGUACAGCGAUGAGGGCGGCUACAGCAAAGACGGAGGAGAGGAGGCGGCUCUGUACGAGGAGGAUGAUGGAGGACUGUACGAGGGAGAAGAAGAGGGCCUCUAUGAGGACGAGGAGAUGAUGUAUGAUGACGAGGAUUUGUACAACUUGGAUGGGACCCUCAGUGAGGACUUGGAGCCUCCGUUUACCCCGACCCCAACGUCAACAGCCGCCCCAACUCUGGAUGUGCCCAGCUCCAGACCUCCACUAGAGAAACAGCCGUCCUUGCACCAACAGCAGCCCCCCACUCAACCCCCCAACCAAACAUCCAACCAGUCUCAGCCUCCUGGCAUGGCCCCGUCAGUACAGCCCCCCUCUGGUCAACAAACAGUCCAACCACCUAAGCAGCCCCAGCCCCAAACACAGCCUCAGCCACAGCCAGCCCCGUCUGCCACCUCCUUCUUCUCAAUGGCCAAACCUCUAACAGCUGCAGUCACAGGCUUGGCCUCUACUUUCCUGUCUUCUGUUCCCACCGCGCAGCCUGCCCAGGCUCACCCUCCAGCCGCAGCCGCAUCUCAGCAACAGCAGUCUGCCGCAGCCAGCAGCGUCCCUCCAUCCCACCCAGCCACCGUGGCUAACUCAGCCUCACAGCCCCCCUCGACCGCCACGGGCCCUCCCUCCCAACAGACCCCGUCCUCUGGGCAGCCUCAAUCCCAUCUCAACGGUCCUGCCACCACACAGUCAGCUGCCCCUGAGGACCAGGCUGUCAAUCUGGAGGAAGAGCCAUGGCUGGAGGAGGAAGCAAUGUUGGAGAAGGAGGCCAGGACGCCCCCUGCUCAGCCAGAGGAGACGCUCCCCAUGGAGGAGACAGAGGAGCAUUUUCAAGAGAGCCAGCCGCCGACGCCAGUAAAGGAAGAAGAGAUGCCGCCUGAGAGUCCUCCAGUCAUAGAGGAGCCCAAAGAGCCAGUGGAUCCAGCAGUCAGAGCCAAAGAGAACUGGCUGAGGCUCUAUAACAAAGUCUUAGAACAGCUUCGGGAGGCUCGAGGAGAGACCUCCAACUCCCUGUGGUUUGGUAAAGGAGGCAUGGGAGGUGCACUGUACAGUAUCGACAGCAUGCCUGACCUUCGCAAGAGGAAAGCCAUUCCUCUCGUCAGAGAUCUGGCCAUGUCUCUGGUGCAGAACUCUCGUAAGGCUGGAAUCACCUCCGCCAUGGCUUCCACCACUCUCGGCAAUGAAGAGCUGAAAAGUCAUGUUUAUAAAAAGACCCUGCAGGCUCUGAUCUACCCCAUCUCCUCCACCACUCCACACAACUUUGAGGUGUGGACAGCCACCACCCCGACCUACUGCUACGAAUGCGAGGGGCUGCUCUGGGGUAUCGCCAGGCAAGGCAUGCGCUGCUCCGAGUGCGGCGUCAAAUGCCACGAUAAGUGCCAGGAUCUGCUCAACGCCGACUGUCUGCAGAGAGCUGCAGAGAAGAGCUCCAAGCACGGGGCAGAGGACCGAACCCAGAACAUCAUCAUGGUCCUGAAGGAUCGCAUGAAGAUCAGAGAGAGGAACAAACCAGAAAUCUUUGAGCUAAUCUUGGAAGUGUUCGCCCUUGACAAAACAACACACGCUGCGCAGAUGAAACAAAUCAAGCAGAGCGUGCUCGACGGGACCUCCAAAUGGUCAGCGAAGAUCAGCAUCACUGUGGUUUGUGCUCAGGGCCUGCAGGCGAAAGACAAAACAGGCUCCAGUGACCCCUAUGUGACUGUUCAAGUUGGGAAGACCAAGAAGAGAACCAAGACCAUCUACGGAAACCUGAACCCUGUCUGGGACGAAAACUUUCACUUUGAAUGCCACAACUCCUCCGACCGCAUCAAGGUCCGCGUGUGGGACGAGGAUGACGACAUCAAGUCCCGCGUGAAACAGAGGUUCAAACGUGAGAGCGAUGACUUCCUGGGCCAAACCAUCAUCGAAGUCCGGACUCUGAGCGGGGAGAUGGACGUGUGGUACAACCUGGACAAGAGAACCGAUAAGUCCGCCGUGUCGGGGGCCAUCCGGAUGCACAUAAGUGUGGAGAUCAAAGGAGAGGAGACGGUCGCUCCGUACCAUGUCCAGUACACCUGUCUACAUGAGCAUCUGUUCCAGUACACCACCGAGGAGCAGAACGGCGGCGUCGUAAAGAUCCCUGAUGCCAAAGGGGACGAUGCCUGGAAGGUGUAUUUCGAGGAGACGGCUCAGGAGAUAGUGGACGAGUUCGCCAUGAGAUACGGAGUGGAGUCCAUCUACCAGGCCAUGACCCACUUCGCCUGCUUGUCAUCAAAGUACAUGUGCCCAGGAGUGCCAGCUGUGAUGAGCACCCUGCUUGCCAACAUCAACGCUUACUACGCCCACACCACCCAGUCCUCCAACAAUGUUUCUGCCUCGGACAGAUUUGCUGCAUCAAAUUUUGGCAAGGAGAGGUUUGUCAAACUGCUGGAUCAGCUGCACAACUCCCUGAGGAUCGACCUGUCCAUGUACCGGAAUAACUUCCCUGCUAGCAGUCCCGAAAGACUACAAGACCUCAAGUCUACAGUCGAUCUCUUGACGAGCAUCACAUUCUUCAGGAUGAAGGUCCAGGAGCUGCAGAGUCCCCCCAGGGCAAGCCAGGUGGUGAAAGACUGCGUGAAAGCUUGUCUCAACUCCACCUACGAGUACAUCUUCAACAACUGCCAUGACCUCUACAACAGGGAAUAUCAGACGGACCCUUCCAAGGCAGUCCCUCCAGAUGAGCAGGGUCCCAGCAUCAAAAACCUGGACUUCUGGUCCAAACUCAUCACCCUCAUCGUCUCCAUCAUAGAGGAGGACAAAAACUCCUACACUCCCUGCCUUAAUCAGUUUCCCCAGGAACUGAAUGUGGGCAAGAUCAGCGCCGAGGUCAUGUGGAAUAUGUUUGCCCAGGACAUGAAAUACGCCAUGGAGGAGCACGAGAAGAACCGCCUGUGUAAAAGUGCAGAUUAUAUGAACUUGCACUUCAAGGUGAAAUGGCUUUACAACGAGUACUGCAAGGAGCUGCCCACCUUCCAGAAGCACGUACCGGAAUAUCCAGCCUGGUUUGAACCAUUCGUCAUCAUGUGGUUGGACGAGAACGAAGAAGUGUCCAGAGACUUUCUGCAUGGAGCCCUGGAGAGGGACAAAAAAGACGGGUUCCAGGUCACAUCAGAGCACGCUUUGUUCUCCUGCUCGGUGGUGGACGUGUUCUCUCAGCUCAAUCAGAGCUUUGAAAUCAUCCGCAAACUGGAGUGUCCCGACCCUCAGAUCGUUGGCAACUAUAUGAAGAGAUUCGCCAAGACCAUCGGCAACGUCCUGCUGUCUUACGCCGACAUCAUUGCAAAGGACUUUCCCAAUCAUGUCAAGAAGGAGAAAGUGCCAUGUAUCAUCAUCAAUAACAUCCAGCAGCUCAGAGUUCAGCUGGAGAAGAUGUUUGAGGCCAUGGGAGGCAAAGAUCUUAAUUUGGAGGCAAGCGACUUCCUCAAGGAGCUGCAGAACAAACUCAACAGCGUUAUGGAUGACCUCAGCCGUAUCUUUGCUGUCAGUUUCCAGCCCCAGAUUGAGGACAACGUGAGGCAAAUGGGAGACAUCCUCGCUCAGGUAAAAGGUCAGACCGUCCCGGCCAACGGCAGUGUGGUUCAAGAGGCUGAUAAUGUCCUGCAGCCCAUCAUGGACUUCCUGGACAGCAACCUGUCGCUGUUUGCUAAGAUCUGUGAGAAGACUGUCCUGAAGAGAGUGCUAAAGGAGCUGUGGAAACUGGUGAUGAACACAAUGGAAAAAACUAUUGUGCUUCCAACACUCACUGACCAGACGGGCACUCAGAUGAUCUUCAACGCUGCUAAGGAGUUGGGCCAGCUUUCUAAGCUCAAGGAGCACAUGGGACGAGAGGAGGCCAAAGCUCUGAGUCCUAAACAGUGUGCAGUGAUCGAGCUGGCACUAGACACUAUUAAGCAAUACUUCCAUGCUGGUGGUGUGGGCCUGAAGAAGACAUUCUUGGAAAAGAGUCCAGACCUGCAGUCUCUGCGCUACGCCUUGUCUCUGUACACCCAGGCCACAGACAAGCUCAUCAGGAAGUUUGUCCUCUCGCAGGGCGCUCAGGUCCACGGAGGGAAAGGGCUCAGGUGCACAGCGAACGAAGACACACCGCCAGAGAAACCAUCUGGAGUGGAUGCAGUUGGCGAGGUGGUCAUGGGUGUGGACAUUUUACCCCAGCCUAAUGGAGAACACAAGAUCAGUGUCAAAGUGGUGGCUGCUAAUGACCUGAAAUGGAAGGCGCAGGGCUUCAGGCCCUUCGUGGAGGUCUACAUCAUCGGCCCUCACCUCAGCGACAAAAAGAGGAAAUUUGCCACCAAGUCCAAGAACAACACAUGGUCACCCAAGUUCAGUGAGAGCUUCCAGUACUCAUUGGGCACUGAGGUGGGUCCUGAGAGCUACGAGCUGCAGGUGUGUGUGAAGGACUACUGCUUCGCCAGAGAGGACCGCACCGUGGGCAUGUCCGUGGUGCAGCUGAAGGACAUAGCCAGCAAGGGCAGCGUCACCUUGUGGAUGCCCCUGGGCAGACGCAUCCAUAUGGACGAGACGGGCCUGACGGUGCUGCGGAUCCUCUCUCAGCGCAACAACGACGACGUGGCGAAAGAGUUCGUCAAGCUCAAGUCAGAGCAGCGCUCAGCCGAGGAGGGCCGCAGCUGAGGGGGGGGAGAGGAGAGAGCGAGGACACACGUGUGCACAAGACCACCAGAGACAUAGUAUUAUGCACACUUAAAGUAGUCACACCGACAUAGAUAGACAACCAUGUGCAAUACACAAGCACACACAUGAAAAUGCUCUAUUGUACAUAUAUCUGCAUACAUUAUGCAACAUUUACAUUGCAAUGUUAUCAGUGCAAACAUGGAGAGUUAUGUUUAUAAGCAUUCAUGUUUAAUUUUAAAUAUUUCAGCAGCUCAACUCAAAGCUCUCAGUUUAGGGUUAGCCUCACAUUACCAAGCACUUGUCAACCCCUCACUCAAUCUUUCCCAUAACACAUCACACCUUUUAUACGCUGUACAUUUAGAUGUGAUAUAAUGCAACGCAGAACUAAACCAUGUGAAUAGUUUGAGGACGACCACUUUGCACUUUUGCUUCUCUGUGUCUUCAGGAGAGCAGUCCUUGCCUAGCUAUGCUCUGUCUGUCCGUCCGUCUGUCCGCUUGCCUGCCUGACUGUGUGUCGUUCUUCCAGUCCGUCGGUCUUUCUCCUUCCCCCCUUCCUCCUCCUCCUCCUCUCCCUCUCCUCGUCGUUUGCUCUGCGUAGUCUUCCCACGGUGUGAUGUGUUGUGUAGGUUGGAGUUCAGGCACAGAUCUAAGAUCAGCUCCUUUUUUUGCCCAAAAAUCCAAAAAGAGAAAAAAAAACACUGACCUUAGAUCAGUGUCCAGGGGCAACGUCACUGCUUGUCUGUCCUGUAAUGUACCAACGUCCUGCAUGUUGACCCCAGGAACACUGUGAUCCACUUUGCUGUAACCAUGGCAACCGUCCCCCCUCCCACAUAAAAGAUGGGUGCCUCCAAUAUUUUACCCAUGUGAGCAUGGUGCAUAUAUAACCCUGGUACAAUAAGGUUUUAUAAUUAUGACCCGACUAACCAUCAUUAUCAUGGAGAAAACACACUGACAGUGGGAACAUGCUGAGCCUGAUGUGUGACGUGUUGAUAGAGACGAAGGUUGUGGCUACAAUGUGCUUUUUCUUUUAAAAACUUUUCUUGCUUCACAUCACGACAAACGGAGCAAUACCCCAGCGUCUAACACAUCCACACCCCGAGAGUGCACAUUAACUCCAAAAGGGCUACAGGAUCAGUGGACUGGGAUGUCAGUUUACGCACUAAUACAUGCCGUCCACGCUUCUGUCGGCAAAUUGACCACAAGGUUUUCCCACGAAUCCCCCUCCACCCACCAUCUACCUGUGUGUCUACAGACACACUGCCACACUGCAGACACGCUCCGAUUCAGAAAGUCUCUCACGAGAGACGCUAUGGAGGACGGCCAAAGGACAUGCGAUGCUGAAGGACACUUUCCUCCUGAUCGACUGCACACGUAACCUAAACCCAUCUCUUUAAGGCAAUAGUGGUUUGUUUGUAUGUUCACUGAACCUUGUGGUUUUUACGAAGAACAAACCCCCUGUGAACACUGCUGUGUCUUUUGUUAUUGUGUGUGUGCAUAUGUGUGAAGGUGAUCUCGUACUUGCUACAUAGUGAGGACUAAGAGAGAGGACACUUUUGUAAAGUGAGGACAUUUUGGACGGUCCUUACUUUUUCAGAGGCCUGUUUUAGGGUUAAGACUUGGUUUUAAGGUUCAGGAUACAACAAAGUUUAAAUAAGGUUAAAGGUUAAGGGGGAUUUAUGCUUGUGUGGCAGACCCUAUGCCAUAGCCUACACGUGGCCUACGCACGUGGCCUCAGCGACGGAGUGCUGUGAAAUUUAGUUGAUUAAAACAUGCAUAAAACAUGGCUUAAUAGUGAGAAUUUCAAACACAAGUACACACAUCAGCUUCACUAUAACUGACAGGAUUCACAGACAAAGCACUUGUCUUUUACUGGACUCUUUUUCCCCACAAAUACAACAUGCUAAUAUUUUUAGCACAAGCCUAUGGCAUUUUACAUUGUAUGAAUUAGCCUAGCAGCUAGCAAACUUUCCUCGUUUCAUAUGAAACCAGGGACAACAACAACAUUUAACAAAGUUAGCAUCAAAAAAUUUGGCUCCAUUACAAGUCACAAGGUUCACCGACAAACCAACUGUCUUAUACUAAACACGUUUUCCAAACAAAUACAACAUGCUAACGUUAUUAGCACAAGCCUGUGGCAUUUUACAUUGUAUAAAUUGGCCUAGUGACGAGCGGAGAUUUCCUCUGCUAAUAUGAUGCCAGGAUAAAUCACACUCAAGACUUAAAAUGCUAUUUUAUCUGAGGUUUUAUUGUCUUCACAAUUUAUUGUUUCAUAUCUGUGAAACUAAAGUCAAUAAAAGCUUUGUUUCUACUGAGGGAAACGGUUUCAGCUUAAGAAAAUAGACAGAAGGUCUGCGUUACAUUUCUAGGGAGGUGCUCGUCAGGCUACAGCGUAGGUAGGGUACGGCAGCGAUUCAACGCAGAAGUACAAAUUCGGCCUUAGGCAUUUUGUCAUGAUGGUUAAGGUUAGUGUAAGGAGCUAGAAAUGCAUUGUGUAAACGAGGGUCCUCACAAAGAUAGAAGUACAAGAUUGUGUGUAAGUGUGUGUGAGUGCGUGUGUGUGAGGGGGGUUGAUUGUCACACCUGGCAAAACAGGCUCUGAGAUUGUGAGCAAUAUAUUGUAUCUACAUACCCUAAAUGUAUGCGCUGUCAAUAUAAAUACAGGAGCACCAACUGCAAUAUCCAGAUCCAAGGAAUGGGGAAACUUAUGAUUCUGUGUUUAAUUUACUUUUAUGUAUGGACUCAUAAAAUCCCCAUUCCUGUUGGACGUUUGUAAGCUUUUUCUCACGUGUUGAAUAAGAAGGAAAGUGUUUUGUCCUUGAAUUCCUAUUUGCCUUUUGGACCAAAUUUGCACGAACCAGUUUAUUUUUUUGUUUUUCAAAGAAAGAAGCCAUCGGAGUCACCGCCAAGCAUUUAUGUUGUCUUAGUUUAAGUCUUGUCACGUGUGUUAACGACCCCUUUACCUUUCACUGCAAAAAAAAAAAGGUGAGCAAACACUCACAGUCGUAGUCCAGCUCGUGUUGUAUUCUCUUAGUGAAACUUAACAGUGUCAGUGACAGCGAGGUUUUCCUGUCGCUGUGUGGGGCUUCACCAGACUGUCACUGCUGGCCUGUCACAUGUUGUCUUUACUGAAUACUGUUGAAUUCUACCAAAAACAAAGCUUCUGAAUGUUGUUUAUCUCAGCAGAGCCUUCUUUUUACGAUCAAAGGGAUGGUUAUAUCCAAAACCACGACUAGCAUGGGGACACCGGCUCAUGCCUUUACAAAAAGUAAAAUUGAUAUUGCCGUUUGAUUUAGGUGUCCAAAUUUCACUUAAAGGGAAACUUUUGUAUUUUUUCAACCUGGACUCUGUUUUCCAUGUAUUUGUAUUUAACCGACCAAUGGAGACAAUCAUCUUUAAAUUGGCCGAGUGUUGAGAGAUUUGUAGCAGUAAAACAGGCUGCAAUGUAAUCUCUGAGGGCAAUUGUGCACCAUCAAUUUAAAGUGCUUGUUUUUGCCACUGACAGGCUCAUACUGUUAUUGUAAUGGCUCAUUCAUGCUCAAAGUUAGAUAAGUAUAGGGACACGUUAUAGGGUACGUUAUUACGACCUAGCCCACCAAUGCCAUGUUUGUUGUCAGAAACUUUUGACUCUGCCCUUUGGUGCCAUCUAGUGGAUGUAUCUAUACUAAUAUAAAGGACGCAGGGAAGUAUGUGGGUAAUGAAAUUAACGCAUCCGUUUUCGUAAAUAACGGGAGAAUAAGGCCCCGAUCAUACAGAAAGCGUUCUAGCUGCUGGAGGUGAUUUUUUGUAAAUGUCUUUAUUGAGAAUGAAGCUUUUUGCUCGCGAUUUUUGUGCUGGGAUGGGCCUCGCGUUUCUGCGCUCUAGGCACCAGAACACACUGAACUCCUCGAGUUGAAAAAACUUCAACUCAGAGCAGAAAAGCGCCCAACGUCAUCUCUUUUAUUGGUAUCUUCUUCCCAUUGUCCAAUCGGAUGAUUUCAGAGGCAGGACCUUUGUGGUGGUCAUGACAACAAGUCUACAGUUGGUAAACAAUGGAGGAAACGUCCAUCAUGGAGGAGAAGCUCCUGGACCAACCGGUGGUACUCCCCACCACCCACCCUCUUUUUUAGGGUCUCAUGUACCCACACAAAUCUCCGUUUAUCAAACAAUUUGCUGACAGCCUCUUGCCCUCACCCAGAGCUACAGCAAGUACCCUCUGCCUCAACAUUUUAGUAACUAGAUACUAAUUACGGUUAGAGUAAAAAAAGGGUAGAGGGUUGCCUGAAGUGUCUGUUCAACCUUGAGGAAAAGAAAUAUAACGUUAUUGUGACCAAGUCUUGACUUAGAAGGUGACUUAUUGCAGGAAAAAAAAGAGUAGGGCUAGACCGAUAUGGAUUUUUUAGGGCCGAUGCCGAUACCGAUUUUUUUCCAUCACCCUUAGCAGAUGACCGAUUAUGGACUGCCGAUUUUCUUGAGCUGAUAUUUGGGGCUGAUACUGCUUUUGCUCCCUCAAUUUACAUCAAAAAAAUGACACAAUGAUAACAAAUAUUACAGGUCUCAAGUUUAAAAUAAGAAACAUUUAUUGAACAGUAAAAAAUACUAAAACAAGAUGGAAAGUCGAGGUAGAACAGGUGGAAUAUUGUUAUUAUUAUUAUUAUUAUUAUUAUUAUAAUACAUUCAAAUAAAAAAAAGAAUUCAGUGCUUUUAAAUCUUCCAGUAAUGUCUUUAUAAAAUAAACAAAUAUUUAAGCUGAAGCAUAAAUAAAACAACAACUACUGUACACAGUAGGAUUCGCUGCAUGUGCGCUGCAGGGUCUUCCGGCAACACAGAGCUGCCCGUGGAUGCCUGUCUGUAAAUCAUGCCAGGGAAAAAUAAAUCCGCGAACCCACGCGCGUAUCGGCUGAUGCCGAUACAAGUAAAAAACUCAAAUAUCGGCCCGAUAUAUCGGCCGGCCGAUGUAUCGGUCUAUCCUUAAAAAAGAGAGACAUGGAUAGAGGAAUGCUGGGAGGAGUUUGUUGUGUUAGAGUACAGAAAGCGUAGCUCAGUGUCAUUACUGAAUAUUCUGCUGAUAUUGACAAUGUGGUGAAGUCUGAGAGAUUUUAGAACAAUACUUCACCUUGAGCGAGACUUGGUCACAACAACAAACAGACCAGUGGAAGUUAAGGAAAAAUGUUUCAUUCCUCCCUAGGGUCCGUUUCAUAAUGCUGCCAGACACUGCGAAUAAUAAUCUGAUUCUGUCGGUGGCAAAAACAAACACUUUUAAUGGACGUAAAAUGGCGGUCACCUGUAGGGAUAACACUGCAGCCUGUUUUGCUGCUGUGGCUCUCAAUACUGGACCAAUUAAAAAAAAUGACUGUCUCCAUUAGUCACUUAGACACAAACACAGGAACAUAGGAUCGAGGUUGAAAAAUACCUAAGUUUCCCUUUAAAUAAAACAGAUAAUAUUGGGUGAACUAGCCUUUUUAAAGGAGCUUUCCGCCCCAUUUAGCACACAGUGCAGUUACAUUGUUUUUAUGUGUUGAUCCCAGGGCUCAAGACAAAACUUGACACGUCAGGUUGUAGCUGAAAAAGCAACAAAAAAAUAACUGAUUAUCCAGUUUGGGGCUCGUUGGUUGCCUGCUUCAUGUACGUAUGCACACACCUACACACACCACUGCACACACUAACGACACGCACACACCUACACACACAUCCACACACCGAUCUCUGCUCAAGCACAAAAGGGCACAUGUAAGAUGACACACAUGCAUGCAUGCACGCCGACACAACUCCGUGGAGACCAAUGACGCCCACCCUGUGAAUAGAAUCAACUUACAAUUGCAUGAUGGGAAACUUUAUCGUGCCAGCACGUGUCUCUUUGAUGUGACUUUUUCUUUUCUUUUUUUUUUAAUUUCCGAAGCUAUGUAACGAUAAGUCAUCAAUGUUCUUUUUGUUUUCCAACAACGGCUUGUGAAUACGUCAUCUGUAACCAAUAUGAAUGUAGUGUGAACACAGAACUCGCAUGAGAGAAUUAUUUUCUACUGAGGAUGUUUCUAAUUUGUUUCUUAUCAUUAUUGAUUGUUCUUUAAUGAGGAUGAAGUGGAACUGGAAUGCAGCCUGAUUGUGAUCUGCUUCCUAUUAAAAGGACAUUUGUG